AUGGUUGAUCACCCCCUGGUUCCAGAUGAAAUUAAGUCCUACAUGACUAGACAUAACAUUGAGAGUGUGCUGAAUAAAGGUUUGAAUGCAGUUUUGAGACAGCUUCCUUAAGAUCCUCUCUCACUAAUGGCAGCGACACUUAUAGAUGUAGGUUUAUUUAUUCAAUUAUCAUUUGAAUUCGAUAGAGCAUUAUAAGUACUCCAGUAUUCGAUAGGUUCGAAGCAAAAGAGACAAUCAUUUGUGAAUCUCAAAAGACUAUCAAAAUAGUAGUCUACCUUGCCUAUUAGGGUAAAUGACAAGCAAGAUGAAAAAUCUGGAAUGAAAAAGGCUUGCAAGAUUAUUAAUGAGGAAAUUUCACCAAUGUUUAAGAAUAAGGAAAUUCUUGGCUUGAAAAAACUAGAUGAGAUGUUACUUGCCUUUUAGAAGAAGCAACAUGAAAACAGCGAGGGCUCCUAAGUUGGAGAUAAUAUCGUUAAGGCUUGUUCAGAAGCACUGCUUUAUGCUUAUGCCUUUGUUACUUCACCAGCAGAUCCAUAUUAAAGUUUCUUUAAGUUUAUGUUUGAUAGAGACUUCACUUCAGCUGAGAAAAUUCCUAGACUUUGUUUUACUGUUCUCAAUGGAGGUAAAGCUUUAGGAUCAAAGGUCAAGUUCAGCAGAUUUUAUCUUAUCAUAGAUGUUAAUGCCUAAGAUGAAGUAGAUGUCACUGAAGUAUUUUUAAAGAUACAAGCUCAAUUGAGAAAAUAAAUUUAGACUCACAAAUUAGGAGAAAAUGGUUUCAAACCAGGUGCUGACGGCUCCUAUUAUAAUGCUUUUGAAAAUGUCAAUGAAUGCUUUAAAUUCAUAGAAGAUGCUAUAAAUGCAGUGCAGGUAAAUAAUGAUAAAAAGAAGUAUUUAAAGUUUGGAAUUAAUCCAGACAUCGACUCUUCCUUUUUAAGAGAUUAAAACAAAUAUGAUUUAGAGGGACCAAAGAACUUAUUCGAUUAAGACUAGUUAACAGAGUACUUUGUUAAGAUGUGUAAUGAGCAUCCGUUAUUGGAAUACUUAGAGGAUCCUGUGGCAGAAGGCGAUGUCAUUGGAUAUCAGAAAAUAAUCAAGAGAUUUAAGGAUGCUGUUCCAAGAGUGAGGAUUGGAGUGAAAUAAAUGUUUAAGUCUAAUCUGGAUUCCAUUAAGUAGCACACACAAAUUAUUACCAAAGAUGAUGAUGACGAUGAUGAUUUAGAUAAAAAGGAAGAGAAAAAGGAAGAAGAGAAGAAAGAAGAGCCUCCUGUGCAAUAGCCGCCUGUAGAAUAACCAAAGGGUGGAAGAGAUAGCUAAGCAGCUAAAAAACCUGCUCCAGGAGAUCUUAAGAAAGGAGGGAAUUAAGCUUCUGUUACAAAGAUAGAACCAGUAAUAGAACAACUAGUAGAAGAUAAGAACGAUCCUAAUAAGCAUAAAUUUAUACCAUAAAUUGUUCAUUUAGAGAAAUCACUGUUGAAAACAUCUUAUAAGAUGUGGGAAAUAGUAACUUAUUAGUAGCUUCUUAAGCCAGAAGAGCAAUUUGAACUGAUUAUUGAGGACAAUUACUUUGAAAAUACAAAUAGCGAGGUAGUGGACUUUGCAUUUGGAUCAUGUGCUGGUUACUUGAAUAUAAAAGGGUUCUUUAAAAACGAAAAGACUGCUAAAGUCUAGAGAUUCAGUGAAAUACUAGAUAGCAUUAAGAUUAUUCAAAAAUAAGAGAACUAGAAUGAUGUGGGAUCAAGGGGGGAAAAAUAUGUUGACAAGGAGCAAAAUAGCAAGGUUAAUGCUGACAGUCCGAUAGAUAGCAAUAUAGACGACGAUAAUGAAUCUCAAAAUGAUAAUGUGGAGGAAUUUCAUGAAUAGAAGAAUCGUAAUGGUCCCAAAGGAAAAUUUGAUCCUAAUACUAGAGAAACUUAAAAGAUAAAUGGCGAGGAAAGAAGAAGAGAUUCUUUUCCUUAAUAGAACAAUAAUGUUAUAGUUGGCGGUCAUACAAACAUGAAUUAAGAUCAUUAUAGAAAAUCAUCAAAAGAGAAUUUCUUGUAAAGAGUUAACUCUUAAGAAAUUGUUCAAAGUAACAUGGGGAGUAUGAAUAAUAUACAAAUGCAGAAUGAAAUCAAAGCAAAACAAAAUAACAUUAUUAUUGACUUGACUAACUAGAUGUAUGAGGAAGAAAAGAUAAACUUAAGAAACCAAAUUAGAAAUUAAGAAAUCAUUGCAAAAGAGGAACAGAAAUAAAUGCUUUAAAAAAUCCAGGAACAAAUACCAAAGGAUAUUGUUACGCAGAAAGAUAUUGACGAAUUUAAAAAGCAGAUUUAAAUUGAUCUUUAAAAGCUAACAAAAGUUCUCGAGGAAAAUACUAAGAAAUAAUUUGAGUAAUAGCAAUGA